UCUAGGAGAUUGCAGACAGGAAGACCCGGCGUGAACGGUGCCGUGGGUGGGUCCACGGCGUCAUGGGAUUAUAACAUUUAUAAAAGCAGCACAUUUAACGCGGUAGAUUUCAAACCGUUUGACGUGGUGCAUACCGCGUAAUAUCAUGCGAUGAAAAUAAACUCGCCCGCUAGCGUGUCGUUGUUGUAUGCCGGGGGGUAUCGGUGUUGGUUUAUGAAGUGGGGUUGUUUUUUUUUUUGGUUUGACUGUGAGACCCGCCGCUGUGUCGCGUUCCCGCCCCUCGUCGCCCUAGCAACGCGCGCUGAAGGAACCCCCGCGAGCGGCCUCCCGCUGCCGCUGAGGCCAGCGGACCGCACCACGAUGAACACAAUGAAGACAAAUCCGCCGCCCCCGAGCAAGUGUGGAGGCCGGGCUGCAGCGCCUUGCAGGCAGGGUGCACAGCUGCCCGCCGUGCGGCCCACGGCCCGUCCUCUGUGGCGCAGCGCCACGGGCUCCCUGACGGGCGUCACGGGGGUCACUGGCGUGGGGAUCGCACCGACCCUGGCCGACAGCGGAGGGCAGCUGAGCCUGCCCCUUGCCCAGUCACUGCCCCCGCCUGUGCCCCGGCGCCCUGCCAAGGAGCCAGCUGUGAGCAUGGAAACCCAAGAGGGAAGUGCAGAAACAGAUAUGCGAGUACAGUUUCAAGACAGGGAGAAAGAGCUGCUGGAUCAAAUACGUAUCUUGACAAUGAAGGUGAACCUGUUGGGACAGGAAAAUAAGGAUAAAGAUUCAAUGGUGACAUCACUGACCAAACAAAUGAAUGCAAAGGAGCUGGAGCUUGAGGAAAGGCUUGCCACAGAGAGGCAGACACACAGACAAAGUCUCGAGAAACUUGCUAAAGUUGAGAACCUGGCAAAAGAGCGCAUGCUUCUCUUGCAGGAAAACGCACGACUGCAUCACGAAGAAGUGGAAAAGAUGAAAAUGCAGCACAAAGAGUCUAUGGCUGCAGUUCUAGAAGGUAAAGAGAAGGAGAUGCAAUGCUUGGAAGAGAAGAUUGGCAAGCUGAAACAGCACAUCGCCGACCUGCUAAAUGGGAGGUCCAGAGAACGGCAGCAGCAGCUGGAUGAGCUGAGGAAAGAGCUGAACCGGAUUACCCAGGAAAAUGAACGCAUGCAGAAAAAACUCGAUUCACGUCUGGAAAAGAGGUGUUAAACGUUGUACGAGCCAAACCCACGUAAAUACAUUGUAUGUAAAUUUUUGAUUUAAAGCUUUGGUGACUGCAGGGAUUCAUAUUCUUGGUUCUUUCGGUAAAGUCACAUAGAAGGGAAACAAUAAAAUAAUAAAAAUAUAAAAUAAUU